AUGGCCGAAACGCAAACCGGAAAGCGCGUGAAGUACCUUCAAAGCGACAAUGGGGGUGAAUACAAGUCCGACAAGCUGGCACGAUUCUGCGCGGAACGGGGAAUACAACAAAGGUUCACACCCCCAUAUACUCCUCAGCUAAACGGAGUAGCUGAGAGAAUGAAUCGCACGCUGGUCGAGUGUGCGCGUUGCAUGAUGGAACACGCUGGACUGGGAAAGAGCUACUGGGGUGAAGCAGUGAUGACGGCGAUGUUUCUUCGAAACCGCUGUCCAACACGUGCCAUUCACCAAGACAAGUCUCCAUAUCAAGUGUGGACGAUGAAGAAACCGAUUCUGGCCAACCUUAAAGUGUUUGGAUGCCACGCGUAUGUUCAAGUGCCUCAAGACAAACGCGCGAAGUUCGACUCCAAGUCAUCACUCUGUCGUUUCCUGGGAUACGCCGAACACCAGAAGUCAUAUCGAUUUGAGGAAGUGUCAACAGGAGCGAUCAAGAUCAGUCGCGAUGCCACAUUCAUGGAAGACAAGUUUGAUGAAGGUCCGCGCAACUACAACGAUGAGUCAAGUGUCGUUGAGUUUGAUGAUCAUGAUGAGGACGAAGAAAAAGAAGAAGGUAAAACUGACGACGACAUGGACUCGAGCGACGAUGACAACGAAGACACCAGGUCUUCGAAGAGCAACAUCAAGAGACACACGCGCACUCAAUCACUUGAGAAAGCUACCGUCAUUCCAAGUCCCAAGCGAAGAACAUACAGAGGUCCGUCGCUUGAGCAUGUGUCAGCGGCUGCAAUGGAUUUUGAAGCAGCCUACAUCGUUGAUUCAGUGGGGGAAACGCCGACUACAUUCAAGUCGGCGAUGGAAUCAAGCGACUCCGGCAAGUGGAAAGAAGCGUGUGACUCGGAGUUCGAUUCGCUUCAGAGAAACGACACGUGGGAAAUCGUGCCUCUUCCGAAAGGUCGCAAGGCCAUCGGGUGCCGAUGGGUUUUUCGUGUAAAGGAGAAUCAAGAUGGCGAAGUUGAACGUUUCAAGGCAAGACUUGUGGCCAAAGGAUUCUCACAGAAAUUCGGAGUUGACUAUGAAGAAACUUUCGCACCGGUGGCCAAGUUCACAUCGAUUCGUGUGGUGCUCAGUAUGGCGGCUAAGUACGGCCUAAUGCUACAUCAGAUGGACGUCAAGACAGCGUUUCUUAACGGCUCCCUCAACGAAGACAUCUACAUGGACCAGCCGGACGGAUACCUGGAUGCAACACAGCCGGACUAUGUGUGCAAGCUAAAGAGAUCACUCUACGGCUUGAAGCAAUUGUUGAAAAGACAGCGGCUGUAA